AUGACAGCUCUCCUCUCGGACACAGGCUAUGGGUAUGACAGUUCUCCUCUCGGACACAGGCUAUGGAGUCAAAGUGGUGAUGGAGGAUUUUGUCCGACUCUGAAGCUGAUGUUCAAGGUCCCAGAGGUUGUAGAUUACAACACCAGACUAGACAGCAAGACCAGACUAGACAGCAAGACCAGACUAGGCAGCAAGACCAGACUAGGCAGCAAGACCAGACUAGGCAGCAAGACCAGACUAGACAGCAAGACCAGACUAGGCAGCAAGACCAGACCAGACAGCAAGACCAGACCAGGCAGCAAGACCAGACUAGACAGCAAGACCAGACCAGGCAGCAAGACCAGACCAGGCAGCAAGACCAGACCAGGCAGCAAGACCAGACCAGGCAGCAAGACCAGACCAGGCAGCAAGACCAGACCAGGCAGAAAGACAACACAGCAACAACGUCUCCAUAAUGGUUCAAUAUAUCGAUAA